AUGCUGGUGCUUCACUGGUGGCGUCUCACAGGUCCUCAGGGCAUCUGGAACCUGAGCGGCAGUAACUUCAUUUUACAGAUGAGAAGACGAAGCACAGAGAAUUUUAGGGUCUUGGCCCCGGCGUGCAGGCAGUGGGGGAAGCUGGAGUUUGUGUCUUUCAUGGCUGGUGUGGUCCUUACCCGUUCAGGUCCCUUCUCCAUUCUUCUUGCUUCCCCUCGGGGUCCCAGGACGUCCCCCUCCCCUCCCCCCAACACGGUCACUGCCCUGGCUCAGGACCUGGGUCUUCUGCACCAAAGUCUGCUGGACCAAAGUCCGACUCUCCUGGAAGCCAGUCUCACUGAGGAUCCCUUUCAGUGUUAA